GGAAUCCUUACCCCAUAUAUAUGGUCCCUCUUAUUAGUCUUGAGAGAACCGUACCUAUAGUUUCUGUUAACAUGAGUAAACAAGGCAUAGAGAAAAACAAGGUGGUCAAAAAUGGAUCAUUCCGAUCACUUCUCAUGCAUGCAGACGGUACCGACAUGUUACUGAUGGCUCUUGGGUUUCUAGGUGCCGUCGGCGAUGGGAUGGGCUUGCCAGUAAGGAUAAUUUUCGCAACCGCCAUAUUGAACAGUAUAGGAGGUUCUUCUACUUUACCGAAGGAUGUCUAUGUUGACAAGAUCAAUAAGAAUGCUGUAAAUCUUUGUUACUUGUCUAUCGGGACAUAUUUUGCAUGUUUUCUUGAGGGGUAUUGCUGGUCAAGAACAGCAGAGAGGCAAGCAUCAAGACUAAGAUCAACUUAUUUAAAAGCAGUUUUAAGGCAAGAAGUGGCAUAUUUUGACUUGAAUGUUACAAGCACAACCCAAAUCGUUACAAGUGUUUCAAGUGAUAGUCUCAUCAUUCAAGACUUCAUUAGUGAAAAGGCGCCACAAAUUGUGAUGAAUUUGGCUACUUUCAUAGGGGCAUAUAUUGUGUCAUUUAUAUUACUUUGGAGGCUAGCACUUGCCGCGCUACCAUUUACUUUACUUUUAGUUAUACCGGGUUUGAUCUACGGAAGGAUUCUAAUGAACUUAUCAAGAAAGAUCAAGAAAGAGUAUAAUAAGGCCGGCUUUGUAGUAGAGCAAGCGCUUUCUUCAGUGAGGACAGUUUAUUCUUAUGUUGGUGAAAAUAAGACGGUAACUGAUUUCUCUAACGCUUUGGAAGACACGGUGAAGUUAGGUCUAAAGCAAGGUUUAGCUAAAGGACUAGCCAUUGGAGGCAAUGGUAUAGUUUACGCCAUCUGGUCUUUCAUGUGUUGGUACGGUAGUAGAUUGGUAAUGUACCAUGGAGCUAAGGGAGGCACCGUGUUUUGUGUUGGAAGUGCAAUUGGCUUUGGUGGACUGGCAUUGGGUUCUGCAUUGUCAAACAUGAAGUCGUUUUCAGACGCAAUAGCUGCUAGUGAGCGUGUAAGGGAAGUGAUAAAAAGAGUUCCAGAGAUUGAUUCUUAUAGCACAGAAGGGAAUAUACUGCAAGAAGUCUCUGGGGAUGUUGAGUUCAAGAAUGUAACCUUUUCUUACCCAUCAAGACCGGACUCAGUAAUACUAAAAGACUUUACCUUAAAAGUUCCUGCAGGGAAGACGGUAGCUCUAGUUGGUGGAAGCGGGUCAGGUAAAUCAACGGUGAUUGCAUUGUUGCAAAGGUUUUAUGAUCCCCAAGGAGGCGAUAUUUGUUUAGAUGGGGUGAAAAUUGAUAAACUUCAACUAAAAUGGCUGAGAUCGCAAAUGGGUUUGGUAAGUCAAGAGCCUUCUCUAUUUUCGACAACCAUAAAAGAAAACAUAUGUUUUGGAAAGGAAGAUGCAACUAUGGAGGAAGUAAUUGAAGCAGCAAAAGCUUCAAAUGCUCAUAACUUCAUCACUGAGUUGCCUCAGGCCUAUGACACUCAGGUUGGUGAAAGAGGAAUUCAAAUGUCUGGUGGACAAAAGCAAAGAAUUGCAAUUGCCCGUGCAAUAAUCAAGUCCCCUCGUAUCCUUCUCUUGGACGAGGCAACAAGUGCACUCGAUACAGAAUCCGAACGGGUCGUUCAAGAAGCACUUGAACGUGCAGCCAUUGGUCGAACCACCAUCAUCAUAGCUCACCGUCUUUCCACAAUCAGAAACGCAGACGUGAUAGUUGUGGUUCAGAAUGGACAGGUGGUCGAGUCUGGAUCCCAUGAUGAACUCAUUCAACAUGAAAAUGGCUUCUACAAGUCACUCGUAUCCCUGCAAGAAACCAAGCAAGAUGAUCGACCUUCCAACACUUAUGAACCGCCUACACCUUCAUUGGCUUUCUUAACAUCCGAUAUCCACAGCACGAGUAUCCGUAAGCGCUCGAUGGAGAGCCGGUCAAGUUCUAUAAAUUCAGUCUCACACAUGGAAGAUAACAACUUUGCAUCACAAGACAAGAAAAAACCUCCAGUGCCAUCAUUCAAGAGACUCUUAAAAAUGAACAGUCCUGAAUGGAAGCAAGCUAUAUUUGGUAGCAUAGGAGCGAUUCUCUGUGGUGCAACUCAACCAGUUUUUUCUUUCUCGCAGGGGUCGAUCACAUCAGUGUAUUUCUUAGAGGAUCACGAUGAGAUCAAGAGCAAAACAAGGAUUUAUGCAUUAUGUUUUGUGGGUUUAGCAGUUUUUACUAUGGUAAUCAGCAUAAUCCAGCAUUACAAUUUUGCAGCCAUGGGAGAAUACUUAACAAAAAGGAUCCGAGAAAAGAUGUUGUCCAAGAUACUCACCUUUGAACUUGGGUGGUUCGAUCGUGAUGCAAAUUCAAGUGGAGCCAUCUGUUCAAGGCUUGCUACAGAUGCCAAUGGGGUACGAUCUUUGGUGGGAGAUCGAGGCUCACUUCUAAUUCAAACAUUCUCAGCAGUGAUGGUUUCCUUUACAAUGGGGCUGGUGAUUGCAUGGAGAUUGGCAGUAGUUGUGAUAGUGGUUCAGCCGAUUAUAGUUGUAUGCUUCUAUUGCAAAAAACUUCUCUUAAAGAACAUGUCACAAAAGGCCCUGAAAUCACAAGAUGAAAGCAGUAAGCUAGCAGCCGAAGCUGUUUCAAAUCUACGUACUGUCACGGCAUUUUCAUCUCAAACACGAAUCCUUAAAAUUAUGGAAGAGGCCCAAAAAGCACCGAUGCACGAGAGUAUCAAGCAAGCUUGGUAUGCAGGAGUAGGACUUGGGCUUUCUCAAAGCCUUGUGAGUUGUGUUUGGGCUCUAAGCUUAUGGUAUGGUGGGAAAUUGAUCAGUGAAGGUCAUCUUGAGCCAAAAGCCUUUUUCAGGACAUUUUUGAUCUUAAUAACCACUGGAAGAGUCAUCGCAGAAGCGGGAGCCAUGACAAAUGAUCUGUCCAAAGGUUCUGAUGCAGCAAAGUCUGUAUUCGCUGUAUUGGACCGUUGUAGCGAAAUAGAGCCCGAGGACCCCCAUGGUAAGAAGCCCGGGAUCAUUACUGGUCAUGUAGAGAUACAUAACGUUGAUUUUGCCUACCCUGCUCGGCCUGAAACCAGGAUCUUUCACGGAAUCUCUAUCAACAUUGAAGCUGGGAAAUCAACUGCAUUGGUUGGACAAAGUGGAUCGGGAAAAUCAACCAUAAUUGGGUUGAUCGAGCGCUUUUAUGACCCGGUUAAAGGGGUUGUCAAAGUGGAUGGAAGAGAUAUAAGGUCAUACCAUUUAAGAACUCUAAGGAAAUACAUUGCACUUGUGAGCCAAGAGCCAGCAUUAUUCGCUGGUACUAUACAUGAAAACAUUAUCUAUGGGGCAUCUGCAAAAAUUAGUGAAUCAGAGAUCAUAGAAGCUGCAAAAGCAGCCAAUGCUCAUGAUUUUGUAUCAGGUCUGAAAGAUGGGUAUGACACAUGGUGUGGUGAUCGCGGAGUACAACUCUCUGGAGGACAAAAGCAGCGCAUUGCUAUAGCCCGUGCCAUACUGAAAUCCCCCACCAUAUUGUUACUGGACGAAGCCACUAGUGCACUAGAUAGUCAAUCUGAAAAAGUAGUACAAGAUGCACUCGAGCGAAUGAUGGUGGGGCGAACAAGUGUGGUGGUGGCACAUAGAUUAAGCACCAUACAAAGCUGUGACACAAUUGCGGUUUUAGAGAAGGGGAAGGUUAUUGAGAAAGGAAAUCAUGGAUCGUUACUAGCAAAAGGGCCAAGUGGAGCUUACUACUCACUUGUUAGUCUUCAAAAGCCUAGUUCUACUAACCAUACAGUGGACUAAAAAUCAAUUGGUGGAUAACUUUUAAGAUCUUAAAUUGUAAGCUUGUAAAGGUUGAAGUAAAUCAAUUAAUGUUGGCUAAACAGAUUCGGUAUCACAAAGAAUGAUUCUGAGAUA